AUGCCCAAGCCAGUCAUCGUCAUCGUACCCGGGGCAUGGCACCGUCCUAAGCACUACCAAAAGCUUAUCAACGCACUGGCAGACGUUGGCUACGAGGCAGUCGGUGUAACUCUGCCUUCAGUUGACUCCAGUCCCCCACUCCCCAGUUGGGAUCAAGAUGCUGCAGAAACCCGCCGAGUCAUCAUGGAAUACCUUGACGCAGGCAAGGACGUCAUUCCAAUCGGGCAUUCAUUCGGCGGUGUGGCCAUGUCCGAAGCUGUUAAGGGGUUAGGCAAAGAAGAUCGAGAGAAGACAGGUUUGAAAGGAUCGGUAAUCCGACUGGUCUAUAUGUGCGCUAUGGCAAUGCCGAAGGGACAAACUUUCAUGGGCCAGAUGGUACCAGCUACCCCCGAAGAAGAAGAAAUUGAGAGACAGCGAAAGAGCUUUGAAGCGCAACAAGGCAAGAUGAAAACUACCGAGGAUGGUGCGAUGCUUUUAGACCCAGACACCGUCCGGGGGGUCUUCUAUAAUCGCUGUGAUCCUGACGAAGUGCAGGAAGCUCUCGAUCUCUUGGGGUCAUUUCCUCCUGGUCCUUUAGCUGUACCUGUGACUUACUCGCCUUUUCUUGAAUUUCCAUGCACGUACAUCAAGUGCAAGAAUGAUCGUGCGCUUCCGGUUUCGGUACAAGGACGGAUGAUUGCCCAGGCCGAAGGGGCAAUUGAUGUUGAGGAAUGCGAGGAGGGUCAUUCGCCGUUCAUGAGCAAUACAAGCUUUGUGGUGGAUUGUCUGCGUCGCGCAGCAGGGGAGAUCUAG